AACUCUUAAGCUUCGCCUUUUCCUUAUCUUCUGAGCUAAAAGUAAAGGCCCUCCUGGCUCCUUUUCCCGUACUUUACCGCGCUCUCUCUCUCUCUCUCUCUCUCUCUCACUGUCAAUCGCAUCUGCUGUCCUCACCUGACAUUUGCUUGAUUCCACGGCGUCAUGGUCCUAAGCAAUCUCCGGGGUCGCUCUUGAGCUUCUGAUUGUGCUGUGAAGGUUGAGUUAUUAGCGUGGACUAGUACAGGGAAGGUAUGCGGACAGAGCUGAUUUUGAGACCAAUGGGGGGAAGAAGAAGAUCUGCUUUCGCUGCAGAGGACGUGAAUGUGAAGAUUUGCUCGCGGUUCUUUCUGUUCUUUGUGUUGAUCUGGACGGCCCGGGUGUCGCAUGGUGCGACGAACCCCGCUGACGUUGCUGCAAUUAAUAACUUGUAUGCUGCUCUGGGCUCCCCUGUUCUUCCUGGAUGGGUGGCCAGUGCAGGAGACCCAUGUGGAGAAUCAUGGCAAGGCGUUCAAUGUAAUAAUUCAGAUAUAAAGUCAAUAAUUCUCAAUGGAGCGAAUUUGGGAGGGGAAUUAGGAGAUAACUUAUCCAUGUUUGCUUCGAUCAAAUCAAUAGAUCUAAGCAACAACCAGAUAGGUGGGAGCAUUCCAACAAAUUUGCCCGUAUCCAUGCAAACCUUUUUUCUUUCUGCUAAUCGGUUCACGGGAAGUAUUCCAAGUUCAUUAUCUUCGCUGACUCAACUGACAGACAUGUCUUUGAAUAACAAUCUUCUUAUCGGAGAAAUACCAGAUGCUUUCGAUGGCCUUGUUGGUCUGAUCAAUCUUGAUUUAUCGAAUAAUAAUCUGAGUGGCCAUCUGCCUCCAUCUCUGGAAAAUUUAUCAUCUCUGACCACCCUCCACUUACAGAGCAAUCAGCUGUCAGGGACGCUGGAUGUUUUACAGGAUCUACCUUUGAGAGAUUUGAAUAUAGAGAAUAACCUAUUUAAUGGGCCUAUACCUGAUAAAAUGCUGAGCAUCCCGACUUUUAGAAAAGAUGGAAACCCUUUCAAUUCCAGCAUCAGCAGUGCUGCCCCGUCUUCACCUACAUCUCCAUCACCUCCAUCACCUCCUUUCUUUGUACCAGGGACUCCAUCCAAUAAAACAGCACCUUCAAAAGAGGCUGGCAGCCCGACUGCAUCAACUGCACCGGGUUCUGGAGGAAAAAAGAAAGUAUCAACCAAAAGGGUUGUCUGGAUAUCAAUUGCUUGUGUACUGUCAUUCAUUAUCGUGGCUUUAGCAUGUGUACUCUGCCUUCCUACAUUAUUGAGAAAACGAGAUGAGGUCUAUCGAAUUUCCAAGAGGCAAGAUAUAGGUGCAUAUAAUGGCAAAAGAGCCGAUGGCGUGGACAAUGGAUCUGCACUCAUGCCACCUAGCCAAAUGGAAAAAGGAGAAGUUCCCAGAGAGGCUGUUGUGAAAUUGACUGAGGAUCGACUACCAGAGGCCAGGACUGUGGGAGCUGUUCCAAAGACAUCAAAUUCGCGUGAUGGAAAUACACGAAAAGUUGGUGCAAUACCCAGGAGGGAAGAUUCUGAAAUAGAUAUGCUUAAUGUAUAUAUGAUGCCACCACCUCCACCACCUCCACCCCCACCCCCACCACCGCCUCCUCCUAAGGUUGAUGUGGAUCCCAUUAUUGUUGAGGGGAAAAAACCUAGGAAGCCUUCAUCAAAGCCUCCUCCUCCCGUUUCUGCCAAGUCUUUCACCAUUGCAUCCCUUCAGCAAUUCACAAACAGCUUUUCUCAAGAAAAUCUUAUUGGAAGUGGGAUGCUUGGCAGUGUUUACAGGGCAGAGCUUCCUGAUGGCAAGUUACUUGCGGUGAAGAAACUAGACAAAAGAGCAUCCAGUCAGCAGAAAGAUGUAGAGUUUUUGGAAUUCGUUAACAGCGUUGACGGUAUACGACACGCUAAUGUUGUUGAACUCAUGGGUUAUUGUGCUGAGCAUGGUCAGAGGCUUCUGAUAUAUGAGUAUUGCAGCAAUGGCACACUGCAGGAUGCUCUGCACCCAGAUGAUGAUCUUAAAAAGAAACUCUCAUGGAAUACCCGCAUCAAGAUGGCACUAGGUGCUGCAAGAGCCUUAGAGUAUUUGCAUGAGGUUUGUGAGCCGCCAAUUAUACACAGGAACUUCAAGUCUGCUAAUGUUCUCCUUGAUGAUGAUUAUGCUGUUCGCGUGUCUGAUUGUGGGUUGGCAGCAUUAAUUUCUUCUGGCUCCGUGAGCCAGUUGUCAGGGCAGCUGCUAUCAGCAUAUGGUUAUGGCGCUCCGGAGUUUGAAUCUGGAACUUAUACGAUCCAAAGUGAUGUUUAUAGCUUUGGGGUUGUCAUGUUAGAACUUUUGACUGGACGGAAAUCCUAUGACAGGGAACGGAGUAGAGGCGAGCAGUUUCUGGUGAGAUGGGCAAUCCCUCAGCUUCAUGACAUUGACGCGUUGUCAAAAAUGGUUGAUCCUUCUAUUGAGGGGGAGUACACUGCCAAAUCCUUGUCACGGUUUGCCGACAUCAUUUCUCGCUGUGUCCAGUUGGAGCCGGAGUUCAGGCCACCGAUGUCUGAGGUAGUGCAAGACCUCUUAGACAUGAUAAGGAGGGAGCCUUCUCCCUGAAGAAGAUCAAGGAAGUGAACAACUUUCGACCUUGUGAAUGCCGAUAAGCUCCGAACGAGCAUGGGAAUUCUUUUUUGGGAAGGCCCCACUAACAGCCAAAUGUUAAUAUCAUUGCCAAACUCCUUAAUCAUUUGGGGUUGAGGGGCUGACCCGAUCAGCAGCAGUAAUAUUGGAAGUGAAGCAGGAUAAGAUUUUCCCGAGCCUUCUCACUUGUUUCCGCUCGAUUUUGACGUCAGCUAAAGGAAAAAUGGAAGGCGAAACCGGUCAGAUGUGCUAACCCAAUUGUUUCAUGAUUGUUGUUUUGUCGUUAAUUUUGGUAGUUGAAGAUCGUAAUUCUUUGUGGAGUGGAGUCCCUACAAGUAUGUACACACAUAGAUGUAUUGUAUGUAUGUGGUGAUUCGAGACUGUCCAUAUUCAGUCCUUUCUGUGCUGCUUUCUUUGUUGUUGAUCGUUGUCGUUAGAUCCGUAACAUGGAUUUUUUCUCAUGCAAA